AAUUAUGAAUAGCAUAUAUACCUGUAAGUUGUCGAAUAGUUCUAGCCCGCCUCUUCAAAGCUGUUUGGGGAGUAGCAAUACUUACACGUAUGUCUAGCGAUAUGGGACUUAUUCAUGGAUUUUUCUUUCUUCCAACCCGACACCCGACACCGCUUUCUGCGUGACAUUCUGGGGUUCAAGCGGCGGUGGCUAUACUACGUUAUCAUGGUGAUUGAUCCAAUACUACGAUUUGGCUGGAUCUUCUAUGCCAUAUUCACGCACAAUAAGCAGCACAGUACUAUCGUCUCGUUUCUUGUUGCAUUGGCUGAAGUCACUCGUCGUGGCAUGUGGGCCUUAUUCCGUGUCGAGAAUGAGCACUGCGGCAACGUCGCCCAGUACAAGGCCAGCCGCGACGUACCUCUACCCUAUCCAUUGCCGCCUCACGAACCCCUCAUCGAGCGCCCUAGCAGCGAGGAAGAAGACCAAAACCGCAUUGCGAAAACGGCAACGCGUCUAGAACAGGGUCCUAUGCUAGUCACCGAUGAAGCUGCAGCUAGCGCAAUCGACCUAGGCACGAUAGGUGCUGCGGCAAUUGGCCGCGAGCAGACUAAAGCACAAGGGCAAAAGCCGGCGCAGGAGCAGACACAGGCGGAGGGGAGCGGGAUACGGUGGCGCAGACGCUCAGAGGUGCUGCGUGCCCGGUCGAUUCGUGGCAUCAUGGCCGACGCGCAUAGACAGGAUUUCGAGAAGCGACGGAGACCAUUGGAGACAGCAUCUUUGCACGAGAGCGGCGGGCUGGCGGAGGAAGAAGGGGGUAUGCAGAGCGAAGAAGAUGAUGACGACGAGGACGAUACGGGAAGUAUGCUUAAUGAACGUAUGGAGGCACGCCGUGCGGAGGGGCUGGUUAAGCCUGAGUCGAGUGAGGAGAGCGUAUAAAGUAAUUUUUAAUAUGAAGCCUGGAUUUUAUUAUUAUUUUUAUUAUUCAUUAUUUUUUUUUUUUCGGAGAAGACAAAAUAUAGCUUUCAUUGAGUUAGAAGGGAAGCGAAGUGCAGAUGGAAUAUUAUGAUGGCUUAGUGGGUUAGAGAAAAUAGAAGGUUUAUUUUUGACAAAAGAGGGCCUAUCCCUUAAACCAGGGGUACCUACCUAAGGUGGACUUCAAACCGUAGUCUUUUUACCUACUUCAUAUACUGCUACAACAAACCGAACCUUCACAUACGACCAUAGGAUCUGGAAAAUUCGGGGUCCCGUCUGCUCCCCCAGAGACA